AUGGACGAUGCUCAAAGCGUCCCUUCGACGCCGACUGGCGCAAACACACGCACGAGGGAACCAGAGCUCCAUGCUCAAGACAGAACCAUCCGCUUACUGCAAGCUAUAAUAGUACUGAUGGCGAUGGCGUCGUGGGGCGAUCGAGAAUUGAUAGGUGACGCCCUUAGCAUGUCGAGUCAAGUCGCCAUGCUCGCCCGCGAAAUGAAGAUUCACCAAUGGGCCGAAGGUCUUAAACUUGAAGAACGCCGCCGCACGUUAUUCGCCGCUUUCGCCCUUCUAAAUUUACAAUCCGUUGCAUUUGACGUGCCACCGUUGCUCCUGCAUCGCGAGGUCGCCAUCAACCUUCCUGGGUGCGCAUCAAGCUGGCAGGCGCCUAACGCGGAAGAGUGGUCGGCUCUGAGGGACACGUAUAUGCCGCCGAGACCUUUCCCAGAGAAGAUGCGUAUGUUGUUAGCAGGACAGAGCAUCCAUACAGUCACUGCGCUAUCUUCUUUCGGGAACUACGUGCUCAUUCACGGACUGCUCCAACAGGUGCUUCUUACUCGUAACGCCUCUGAAGAGAUUCGGGCCGCAGGCAAUUGUGUACUUAGUGGCGAUUUUGUCAAAAGGAUGGAAACCGCCCUUCGUGUUUGGCAAGAGUCGUGGGAAGCAACAUACGAAUCCACGACAGACCCUUCGUCUUCGAAGGGGCCACUGGGCUUCAACUCGACCGCACUCCUGCGCUUGGCUUACAUCCGCCUUAACAUCGGCCUCGGUCCUGAGCGACGGGUUCUUGCCCGAGACGACGCACAAAGCAUAGCCGCCGCAUUUUCCGGACCAAUCCUUACCGCCAGUGAUAGGUCAAUGCACAUGAACCAGGCCGUGUUACAGUGUAUACACGCCCUCAGUAUCCCAGUCAGAGUUGGCAUCGCAUUCGUUGCGCGCACUCAGACGUUGAACUGGAGCAUCCAGCAUGCUUUUUGCAACCUGGAGUGCGCCUUUCUGCUCACACAAUGGUUAAAGGUACUUUCCGAAGCUGUGCGAGAGUCUGGCCUCAUCUCACUGCAGCCUGACGAGCGCAGAUUGAUCAAUUUGGUCACCGUUUUGGUGCAAGAGACGGAGCUUGGGGGUCGGCUAGACGAGGAUCAGCAUCCUGUCGUCCAGAUUGAGAGCUUGGCUACGCUGACAUUGGUGCUUUGGAGCAAGACGUUCAGCGGCUCCCAUGUAUUCGAUAUUGUUCGGGUAAUCGGCGACGGUUUGUCUAUCUCAGUCCAUGGGUCAAGGUAA